GCGGAGUGUGGUGACUAGCGGGACUGGCCCGGCGCGACCCGACCCGACCAUGUCUGACCCAGCGCAGCAAGCAGGCCCAGAAGGGGGAGCGCCAGGCGGGGGUCCCCCCGGCCCUCCACCCAACACGAGUAGUAACUGGCAGCUGCAGCUGACACAGGCCCAGUUGGGGGAGGUGGUAGACAUCAUGCGUGUGAAUGUGGACAGAGUACUGGAGCGAGACAAGAUGGUGUCAGAGCUGGAUGACCGGGCAGAUGCUGUCAAGACUAGUGCCUCAGUGUUUGAACGCAGUGCUGGAAAGCUCGAGAGGAAGUACUUUUGGAAGAACAUGAAGAUGAUGAUUAUAUUGGGAGUCACUUGUGCUGUUGUGGUGGUGACUAUUGCACUCUACUUCUGUACUUGAAUGUGGUUCCCACAGUCUGCAGCCUACCCACUGUGAUCACCCUGUUUUUCCACUGCCCAAGGUCCCUCCCUCCACUUGGCUUUUACAUCAUUAAUUCUUUUUAUUGGCUUUGUUUGUCUUCUGUAUGAGGUUCUGAUGCAUUUCUUGUAGACCUGGACUAACCCCUUGAAUAGCUGCUGCAGCACGAGGGAAGGCAGUUCCAUUUGUGGAGGAGGGAAAGGGAAUAUUGCUCCCCCCAGCUUCUGUUGCAAUGGUAAUUGGAGUUGAAACACACCUUCAGUGUGAACUUUCCUCACAGCAAUGUCUUGAGGGUUGGGUGCUGGCAGUGUAAGCUUCCUUAAGCAGUGCCCUGGCAGUCAUGAGCCCCAGGGACUGAAGGAGGACUCCCAUUUUGGCUCUUCAGCAUUGUUUCAUCUGAUAGGAGCCCAUGGUAAUAUGUUUGUGGUUUUCCCUUUAACCUCUGAAAUCUGGUUAACAGUGGUUGCUUAGUCUUCCACUCCUCCAAAGCAGUAAGCUAUGGGCAUCUUGCUUUUCUGCAACAUGGGGAAUGACAUGCAGGGACACCUAGCAGUGUGAGUAUUUGGACUUGUGUUCUUGUCAGCUGUAUAGACUUAAGUGAGCAUGUGAACCUGGAACUAUCUACUAGCAUGCAGCUUAUGCUGGGGGUAUAGUGGGGCAAGGUGGGGGGUGGAGCAGGAGUAGGGGUCCUGAUCCUUUUUGGCUUCCUAAGGCUGCAUGCUUACGAUGUGCUGUGGUAAGGGCAGGUCAGCGGUGCCCCAGGUGGGAUUCUUAGUUUACUUUGGUAAUUGGAACAAACUUACCCUGUGUGUUUUCUGGACCAGUCUCUGGUUAUUACUGUUUUUCUCUAAAGCCCCUUAUUCUCUGCAGGAGUUGGAGAAAUUCAGAGCAGAGUUUCAAGAGCAGCUUCCAAGUGCAGCUCUGCUCUGAAAAAAUUGGCAUCAGAUUCUCACAUCCAACAGCUCCUGGUUCUGUGUGAAAUCUGCCCCCAUUAACAAGCUUAAAUCUUUCUAUGUGCCAGGGCUGAAAACUGCCCCAGAUUUAUGAGGCUAACAGUGGGCACUUGCCAGUGUUCCUGAGCUUGGGUCCCAGUUACAGGAGGGAGAUCCUUACUUUACCUAUACAAGACCAUACCUUAGUCUAAGUCCCACUUAGGUAGGGCUGUGUUUCCCAAGGCUGCUCUAAGUCCUUCAAGAGCAGCUGUGGGCUCAGUGGACAAAGCGAGUUUUUACAGUAAGUCUCUACUAAGGUUUGUUUGUUCUGUGGGUGACUUGUUACUUCCAGAGGACAAAAGGGUGGA